AUGUCAUACAACCUUCUAAUCGUUACGAUAUCCUACGAUAGGAAGAUUCUGCCCGGUAGAUUCAAUUUGAAAGCCGCGUUCAAGGAACGAACACGAAGGCGAAACGGGGAGUCGAAGGAGUGCAGUUCUCAAUUGGCGCGGCAACCGACUGAAAAUCAGCUGAGUGGUGAAAUCAGCUCGCUAGUCGUUCGAGCGGUCGAGGAACAGGCCACCUUGACACUGAUGGACGUGGGAAUCGAUACGGACGUUCACACGUUCGUUAAUAUCGCGGUUAUCUGGGCGCUGUCCGAGCUGGACUUUUUCAAUCGCGACACGCUGUCCGACGAACAGCUACAAAGGAGAGGAUUAACGAGCAGCGGAUUACCGGAGGAUCUCACAUCCUGCGACUACACGCGUACGUUUCCAUUUCCAUUUCCACUUCGUUCUGGUCGUGAAAGGCGGAAGGUGUUGAUGGGUGUCUAUCGGUCGCCUUUCAGUCACAAUGUUCACAAAACUUUGCACCGCCGUCUACCAUGGGCCUACGUAAGUCCGUCGCAUGAACGAGGCCACAUGAAGUUCUACCCGAACGUUCGCGAGAGAAUCGACGAGAUAGUUUCGAAAACAAUCGCCUCCGAUCCAACGUACAACUCUGACGUGAAGUGCUUCCAUCUCAGCGAUAUUUCGGACAAGUGUUAUCUCGCAUACAGGAGAACGACUAGGCAUUUCUCCGUUUCUGAAAAAUUGGCGGAGAACUUGUUUCUUCAGUUGAUCAGCUUUAUAAUUCCCAAAGCAUCGAAGUCCGAUGGAGAGGCGAUAAAGAGCGUUCCAAAGAGGAAGCGAGGUGUUCGGAAAUUUUUCCUCGAUAAUAACAGACGUGAUGCCGAAAGCUUCGUUCACGUACACCGAAAUAUCCUGGAAUCUGAGAGAGAGGAUGGAGCAUAUCUCCGAAAUGCUACUCACUUCACAUCUUCCUCCGCCCCCCUCUCCUUCCCAAAUAAAAAUGCAACUUCGGAAAAACGAAAAGAUAAUUAA